AUGGCCCCGGCAGAGGUCGCAGCAGCCGUGGGGGAGCUCUCCGCGCUCUCCCUCUCCCGCCAGAGCAACCUCCUCACCUCCCGCAUCUCCGCCUGCCGCCGAGCCCUCGUACACUCUCGAUCCGCGCCUGCUGGUAGAGAUUUUGGUGUGAGAACCGGUGGUGGGGAAUCGGGAGCGGCGAUGAGAGGUGCGGGCGGAACGGGUGUUGUUGUUUAUGGCGGCGGCAGUGGCGGGGGUGGUGGUGGUGCUGCUGCUGCUGGGGGGGUUAGUGACUCUGCGGUUGCGAAUCUGCUUGCUCGGAAGCAAGGGUUUCAAGGCACCCGUCUGGCCGAACGCCUGCUUGCCACGCCGUGGGAUGACAACAGCAGCAUGGGGGGGUUAACUGACAGUGCUUCUGGUGCGGCUGGUGCUGCUUUCCCCAGAUCUGUGACUAUGGGGGCGGGCGUUGUGAGACACGCGGAGGGGAUGAGGGAAGGAGGGGAGGAGGAGGUGCCGAGAAGAGUGGGAAUGUUUCCUCGUGCUACCACUUUCGGUGCUGCUGUAGGUGGUGGUGGAGGCGGAGGAGGAGGAGGAGGAGGAGGCGGAGGGAGCAGGGGGGGACUGGGGUGGAAACGGACGAUGACUUCUCACGCGUCCUCUCUAAAGCAAAAGCCGCCGUUGCCGUUGCCGCCGAGUGACUCAACAACACACGGAGCGUCUCUCUCUGGAAGCGGUUCUAGCGGUUCUAGCGGUUCUAGCCGGAGCAGGGAAGGCGGGCUGAGUUGCACAGCAGGCGAAGCUGCUGGGCACGCAGCAUGUACUGCAGCAUGUACUGCAGCAUGCCCAGCACCGUGUCAAGCAGCAGAAGGAGAGGGUUCGAGCUGUCAGGGGAACGGACACCACGUGGGCCACGUGGGUGGAUUAUAUGGAAACGCGAGCGGAUCCAGCAGUGGCCACGUCAGCAGGAGUCAGCAGCUGCGCACGCUGACGCUCGCGCGAAUCGCGUCGUUCCGGAGUGCCAGCCUGGCGAGAGGCACGCAGGGGGCGGGAGGCGGGGGAGGGGAGGCUGGGGAGAAGGAAGGGGGGACGGAUGCGAACGGGGAUGAACAGUUCGAUUCUCGUGACUGCAGUGGUGGUGCUGCUGGUGAUGCUGUUGCUGCUUGUGACGGCGGUGGUGGUUGUGACGGGGAAGUUAGACGGCGGCCUCCCCCAUUGAAGCUGGAAGAGCUGAUGGGAGUCACAGGGGAGGAAGAGGAGGCGGAGGAGGAGGAGGAGGAGGAAGAGGAGGAGGAGGAGGAUGAGGAUUGGGAGGAGGAAGGAGAAGGGAAAAAUCGCGGCGGUAUCGGCGACCCUUAUACCCAUGGUUCUGCUCCUUCUGGUGCCGCUGGUGCUGAUUCCGCUGGCAUUCGCAGCAUGCGCUUGACCAAGCACGCACCCAGCAAGCAUCUCGCAGGCGAAUUUCUCCCUUCUCCCAACAUGAUUCCCAGCUCCAUCUCCUCCUCCUCCGCACAAUCCGCUGCUUCAUUGCCUCAUAUGCAUGGGGGCGAGAGCAAUGCCAACGAAAUGUGGGGGGGGGAGGGGGGAAUGGCAGGCGAAGAACCAGCAGGAGGGAGGACUCUAGAUGCCAACGCCACUCUUGCUGCCGCAGCGGCUGCCGCUGUCGCUGCUGUCGACUCCACUGCUGACACAGGCAGGGAAGAAGAAGGGGGAGACUUCCAGGCUGCUGCUGCUGCUGCUGCUGUCCCCCGUCGCGCUGCUCUCCUGCGUGCCUCCACCUUCUGGCAUCGCAGCAGCAACUCCUCGUCUCCCUCUCGCACCCGCCCCGGGAAGCACAACCGUUCUUCCUCUCACUCGCUCUCACACUCGCCCUCGCGUGCCCGCAUUGCGCACAGCAGCAGCAGCACCAGCAGCCACAAAAGUGGUUCUAACCAGAACCAGCACGCGUCGAAGCCGUCUCACGCUUCCCCUGCUGCUGCUGCCCUGGCAAGGCUUGCAGGUCUUGCCGUCCCUCCCGCCUCGUCCUCCCCCUCUUCAUCCUCCGCCUCCUCGUCUGUAACUCGUACCCGGGGUAAGCGAGCAGUGCUGGCAGUGGCAGGACACAGGAUUGCAGGGAAGCUGGGAGUGAGAGGCUUGGGCGGGGCAGGAAGCAGCAGGGGGAGCGGGUCUGUGGGGUCGAAUGGAACUGUGAUUCCCGGUGUAGGUUGUGCCAAUCUGCCGCUGGUGCCUCGGGCGUUUGCUUAUGCAGAGCUAGCGCUUGCCACUGAUGGGUUUGCGAAGCGGAAUAUGAUUGGGUGUGGGGGGUUCGCACGCGUGUACAAGGGGAGGUUGCUGGAGGGAAAGAAGGUGGCGAUUAAGGUUAUGCGGAAGAGUAAGAGUGGUGAGGCGGAGUUUAAAGGGGAGAUGAGUGCGUUGACUCAUGUGAAUCACCCUAAGAUUGUCCAGCUGCUUGGGUUUUGCAUAGAAAGGAACAUGAGAAUGUUGAUCUAUCCGUUGCUGAGUAGAGGGAGUUUGGAAGGGUAUUUGAAGGCGAUACGGGAGGGGGGGAUGGUGGGAGAGGGGGGAGAUGGGGAGGAAGAAGAGGAGGAAGUGGAGGAGGAGGAAGAGGAAGGGGGGGAGGAAGGAGAGGAGGAGAGAGUGCCUGAUGGGGCGGGAGCAGAGGAGGAGGGAGAAGGGAUGGGGAAGAAGCUAAUUGGAAAGGAAGAGGCGGUUGGGGUGCAAGAGAGUUUGGGUAGUCUGAGGGAGGCGAAAUUAGGAGAAGCAGCAGGGCAGGGGAAGCGCAGCAAGGCAGGGGGUGGCGGGAAGGGAGUGCGGUCAGAGGGCGAGAAACGCAAGGCGAAGAAGACAAAGAGCAAAGGAGGAGCAGGAGGAGGAGGAGGAGGGGGAGGGGCAGCGAGUGGGUUAUCUUGGGCGAGGAGAGUGCAGAUCGCAGCAGGGUUGUGUGAGGCGGUGCACUAUCUUCACCAUGGCAUGGGACGCACUCUGUUGCACCGAGACCUUAAAGCCGCCAACGUGCUUCUUGACAGCAACUGGCAGCCCAUGGUGAGUGAGUUUCUUCUUGUGUCCACGCGAGAACCGGGUAGCAGCAGCAGGGUUCUCGCGGAUUUCGGGCUGGCUUUAUUCCUGGAGGAGGGCGGCGAGCAGGGGGAGGUGCAGGAGCUUGCGGAUUUUGGACUUGCGCUGUUUCUGGAGGAGGGCGGCGAGCAGGGGGAGGUGCAGGAGGUGCAGGGCACGCUAGGGUACAUGGCACCCGAGUACUUCAUGUUCGGCGACAUGGGGCCCACCUCUGACGCCUACAGCCUCGGGAUUGUCCUCCUCGAGAUCAUCACCGGGCGGCGCGCCAUUGAGAUGGACCCUCCCCCGGAUGAGGACAACAAUCUCGUCGUCUGGGCGCUGCCGAAGCUGAAGAGCAUGCAGGUGGAGGCGAUAGUGGACCCGUGCCUGAGGGGCCGCUACGACCGCGCAUCACUGUGGCGCACUGCUGCCGCUGCCAUCAUGUGUCUGCGCGAGGACCCAGCCUUCCGCCCCCCACUCGACCUCCUCGCCCGCUUCAUCCGCGACGACUCCUUUGAUAACCCCCAG